AUAAAGAGAGGGAGGCAUCGAUUUUUUUUAAAGAGACCCAAAAUUAGCAAAGAAAACAUUCACUCGUUAGCUCUUCUCCUCCAUCCAUUCUAUAUUUCCUCUUCUCUCUCUCUCUCUCUCUCACUCUUUUCUUAUUCGCUUCCUCCUCCUCCGAUUCGCUUUCUCCUGUGACUUCUCUCCGGUUCUUCGAAUCCCUCUUUGAGUUUUCUCCAUCCGCGUUACUAAUCCUUUCUACGUUAAGAAACAUUUUUUCACAAAAAUGCAGCAAGAGACGUUAAGUGAUCCUUAUGGAGAGAUUGAGAUAAGCUUUGGCUAUCAAUGCAAUAACAACAACAAUAACAACAAUAAUAAUAAGAAGACGAUAGGAAUCCCUGAAGAUGCUAUUGUUCCUGAUAGCCGCGGCGUUCUUGCUGGCUUUAGGCUUCAAAAGACAAGCAGCUUCUCUUGUCUAUCAGGCGCUGCUUUAAGCGGCAACCCUACACUAGCCAACACCAACAUCUGCAACGGAGUCAUCGGCUCCGAGAUUCUACCCUCUCUAGACUCUCCCAAAUCCUUCAGGAAAGUUCCCUCUUCCCCCGCGCUUUCCAAGCUCGACAUACUCUCUCCUUCUCUCCACGGAAGCAUGGCGAGUCUCAGCUGCAGCCCGAGUCCUCCCGAGCCCGAGUCUUGCUUCUUGACCUCCAUGAGUUCUCCUUCUUCCUCUCUGAACGAAGGGUUUGUCCUCUCUGCUAUGGAAGUUCAAGUCGCGGGUGGUGCUGCUGGUGAAGAUAGAGUUCAGGCCGUUUGCUCUGAGGAGAACGGUUGGCUCUUCUGCGCUAUCUACGACGGAUUCAACGGAAGAGAUGCUGCUGAUUUCUUGGCGUGUACUUUGUACGAGUCCAUUGUUUUCCAUCUCCAGCUGCUUGAUCACCAGAUGAAGACGCAUCAAGAUGUUGAUGAUGGAGGCGUCAGUGUAAUAGUAGACUCUUCUUCCUCUGAUUUGUUCAGACAAGGAGUGUUGGAUUGCUUGAACCGCGCGCUUCUCCAGGCGGAAAACGAUUUCUUGAGGAUGGUUGAGCAAGAGAUGGAGGAGAGACCGGACUUGGUGUCUGUUGGUUCUUGUGUUCUGGUCACUCUCCUUGUCGGGAAGGAUCUUUACAUCAUGAAUCUAGGUGAUAGCAGAGCUGUGCUAGCGACGUACAACGGUAACAAGAAGCUGCAAGCUGUUCAGCUCACGGAGGAUCACACUGUUGAUAACGAAAUCGAGGAAGCUAGGCUAUUGAGUGAGCAUCUUGAUGAUCCUAAGAUCGUUAUUGGUGGGAAGAUCAAAGGGAAACUUAAAGUGACACGUGCUCUAGGAGUUGGUUACUUGAAGAAGGAGAAACUGAACGAUGCACUGAUGGGGAUUCUUCGAGUUCGUAACCUUUUGAGUCCGCCUUACGUUUCGGUGGAACCAUCGAUGAGAGUUCAUAAGAUAACGGAGUCAGAUCACUUUGUUAUAGUUGCAAGCGAUGGUUUGUUUGAUUUCUUCAGCAACGAGGAAGCGAUAGAGCUAGUUCAUGGCUUCAUUGCUAGUAAUCCUUGUGGUGAUCCAGCAAAGUUUCUACUUGAACGUCUUGUAGCUAAAGCUGCUGCUCGUGUUGGGUUCACGUUGGAAGAAUUGUUGAAUGUUCCGGCUGGUAGGAAGAGGAGAUAUCAUGAUGAUGUGACUGUGAUGGUAAUCACUCUCGGUACAGAUCAACGCACUUCAAAGGCUUCUACGUUCGUGUGAUGAUUGAUGAUUUGAUGAUGAUGAUGGCGACAAAUCUUUAGAUUGGUGAAAUUGUACAUACAGUCAACUCUUGAUCCCCACUUAAAAAUACGUAUGAAACUGAUCUUGAGUUUUUCUAUUUAUUUACUACGUUCGUAUUUUUAUUCAGUGUAUAGCAAUAGUACCGUACUAAUACUGUAUCCUAGUUUGAGGUUUUUUUGGUUUUUUGCUU